AUGGACUUGGGUCACCACAUUGUUAACCUUUUUGCCAAGCCCACUGGUCAUUACAAGCAGAUGAUAUUAAGGGCUGCUCCCAAGGUGUUAAAGAACGAGAAUGUCUUCGUGUCGGAGGACUUCACCCCUCAAGUACGGAAGAAGAGACGGAAGAUGCUACACUUCAAGAGACUUCUCCUGCAGGAAAUCAAGCAGUUCCAAAAUGAUGAGUUAAUUCCUAGCAAUUUUGAGAAUAAGUUGACCGAAGAUGACCAGUUUGUGUGUGAUGGUUCUCUGGAAGAAAAAGAGUGUCUAGCUGCUCUUAAAGAAAUGAAACAUCGUCGUAGCUGGGAUAGCAGAGAUGCGUCAACAACUGGAACGACAUCAUCACAGAUUAAUGACGAGCAGCUUCAAGACACAGUUAAGCCUUCAGACUCUGUCAGUUCUGUCAGUAAACAGCACUCAUCCACCAGUGGAACCUCAUCAGUUUCUACUACUGCGUCGAGCGCAAGGCUUAAAGCUAUAGCCGAGAGGUCGUCUUUGGAGGCACAAGCAGUUGCUGAGAUACAGAGACAAGCUCUUGAGGAAGAGGAGCUUAAACUCCGCCAACGUCGUCGUCAAAUGGAACUGCAAAUCAAGAUCGCAAUGGCCGAAGCUGUUGAGAAGACGUACGCUGAAGCACAAGAACUUGAGGCGCAUUCGGUACGUUUCAUGCAGUCAACUCCACGUGAUUUAGAUGACAAACCACGAGCACGAUUGUCCAGUCACACACAAACAACACAGAUGCCUGAUACAAAUGCUCCUACAAAUACUGCUUACCACACUUACCCUGAGCUUAGACGACGUUCGUCCAACUUACCUUCAACCAUAGCCAGCGAUGACCGGACAGGAGACAUCUUGGUGCAAAUGCUCAAUAACAGUCACUUACAGCAGCAAUCUUUGGUCGAGACUCUUCAGCUACCAAAAACCGAGUUGAUGAGCUUUGAUGGCGAACCUGUCAAAUAUUGGAUGUUUAUUCGCGCCUUCGAGAACAUAGUCGACAAAGAAACAGUUGGUGAUGGUGCAAAGCUUGCUAGGUUGAUGCAGUAUUGUACAGGUCCAGCUAGGAAGCUUAUACAGUGCUGUGCUGUCAAGGAGCCCAGUGAAGGUUACCGUCUGGCAAGAAAGCUGCUUCAGAGCCGAUUUGGAAAUGCAUAUGACAUCUCAGAUGCAUGGAUUAACAAGAUUGUCGGUCGUCCUGCUGUUUCUGACAACAAGGGGUUACUGGAGUUUUCAGACGAGUUGAGAAAUUGUCGCGAGACGUUGCAGACGAUGGGCAAGCUUGAGGAGUUGAAUAAUCGGCAGAGCUUGGCUAAAAUCAUCGAGAAGUUGCCGUUUGACCUCAGAAAGGGUUGGCUGAAAAGGGUUCACCAUCUUAAGUACAUCGAAAUGAGGCUUCCCACAAUUGAUGACGUGUUGGUGUUUGUGUCUGUAGCUGCAGAGCGUGCAAAUGAUCCUGUGUUUAGUAAACUACUGAGUGGAGAUCGACCUGACAAAUCACGCAAGAACACACCAAAGGAAAGUUGGAAGAGCAAGCCCCGUGCCAGCUUUAACACUCAAGUGGAGCAGACACCAUCUCAGAAGACUACUUCAUAUAGUCGCCAGUCUCAGCCAAAGCAGAAACCUAAGUCAGGUGGAGAGGUUACUGGUCCUAGUGUAGGCUUUGCUGUAUGCCCGUACUGUGCUCAAGGGCACGACUUAUUUGGUUGUAAUGGUUGGAAGGCGUUGAAAGUUGCAGACCGUCUGAACAGGAACUCAACAUGGACAGACACGGGAAACAACCCUUCUACAUCUUUGUCAGCACAGGCACCGCCAUUUGUCACCACAAGUCCAGGUACCUCCGGUAAUGUGACACGUAACAUCACUGAAGCCGGAGUUGGGAAGGUGGUUCUACCUAUUGAGCCCGUCAAGGUGAGAGGUAAAGGUUCCACAGACUUCAUCACUACCUGUGCACUUCUUGACACUGGGUCCACGCAGACAUUUUGUGCGGAGGCUUUGGCGAGAGAACUCGGAAUUCAUGGCAGGCGUGACACUGUGAAGCUCACAACACUAGAUGACCACAACACACUUGUUGAUACUUUUGUCGUCGAUUUGGAAGUCACAGACGUCAAUGAUGAAAAUCUUCUCGUCAUGUCUAAUGUUAUGACGAGGCCCAACAUAUGUGUCAACUCUGAUUGUUUGGUAACGCGGGAGGAGAUCAGCUCAUGGCCACAUUUGCGGGAUAUUGUACUGCCUGAUGUCAACCCUAAUGACGUACUCCUAAUCAUUGGGCAGGAUAAUCCUUCUGCGAUGACCCCUAAAGAAGUUCGUGAAGGUGAUUUUGGAACACCCUACGCCACCAAGACCAUUUUGGGAUGGACACUUAACGGACCAGUCAAAUCGGGGCCUCGGAACAGGGUAACUUCACACUUCAUUGAUGCUGAUGUCUGUCUUCAACGUCAGGUUGAGAAGUUUUGGCUGAUGGAGGAUCUUGGAGGUUGUGAUACAAGCAUGUCAGUAAGUGACAGAAAGGCGAUAGCUGUAUGGGAACACUCUAUUCAUCUAGAGAAUGGACAUUAUGCAAUGGACAUUCCAUUCAAGACAAGGCCACCCUGUCUCCCUGAUAACAAGGCUAUGGCACAACAUCGCCUGCGUCUACUCGGAAGGAAAUUGACGAGGGAUCCAGUGAUGAAAGACAAGUACACUUCGAGCAUCAAGGAGUUGAUGGAUAAGGGCUAUGCUGAAGAAGUGCCAUCAGAGCAGCUGGAGAGAGCCGAUGGUGCAGUUUGGUACCUGCCGCAUCACCCAGUAUUUCAUCCGCAUAAGCCAGACAAACUCAGGAUCGUAUUUGACUGUGCGGCCAAGUUCCAGGGAACAUCACUCAAUGACACAGUGCAUCGAGGUCCUGAUCUCAUCAAUAAAUUGGUUGGCGUCUUGUUGCGUUUUCGACUGGAACGAGUUGCAUUCAUGGCGGACAUAGAGGGUAUGUUCCAUCAGGUAGUUGUCAACAAACCAGACCGUGACGUGUUGCGGUUUUUGUGGUGGUCCAACGACAGUAUAUCUUCUUCACCGAAGGUGUAUCGCAUGACGGCUCAUUUAUUUGGUGGAGUGUGGUCCCCGAGUUGUGCUAAUUUCGCUCUUAAGCAGACGGCACAAGACAACAUCCAUAAGUACGACACCGAAACUGUCAGGACUGUCGAUCAGAAUUUCUAUGUAGACGAUUGUCUGAAGUCGGUUGCCACCAGUGACGAAGCCAUUAGACUCAUCGACCAGUUGUGCAGUAUGUUGGUUCUUGGAGGCUUCAAACUCCGGAAGUGGAUUAGCAACUCUCGUGAAGUCCUGCAGACAAUUCCACCAUCUGAGAGAGCAAAGACAGUUCUUUCUCUGGAUUUGGACAGGGAGCUCUUACCUACCGAACGAGCCUUGGGUGUUCUUUGGGAUGUAGAGAGUGACGUCUUCACAUUUGAUGUUCAUGUGAGCAGUAAGCCGAUGACACGCCGAGGACUGCUAAGUAUUGUCAGCUCGGUGUAUGAUCCAUUGGGUUUUGCUAGUCCUUUCAUACUUACCGCCAAGAUGCUGUUUCAGGAGCUUUGUAGACGAAAGAUUGGUUGGGAUGAUUCAAUACCGGAUGAGAUUGCUAGGCAGUGGGAGAGAUGGUUGGCAGACUUACCUCAGCUGAAGAGUCUAUCAGUACCCCGUUGCAUCAGGCCACAAGGGUUUGGUUCCAGCGCUACAGUUCAGCUACAUCAUUUCUGUGACGCCUCAGAGAGGGGAUAUGGCGCGGUGACUUACCUGCGGCUACAGGAUGUUGAAGAAAGAGCAAGCUCUUGCCUGCUAAUGGCCAAGGCCAAGUUAGCACCUCUGAAGAAAACUACCAUUCCACGUCUGGAACUUGCUGCUGGUGUUGUCUCCGUCAAACUAGACGAAAUGAUUCGAAGAGAGUUGUUGUUGCCUCUGCAAGAAAGUGUUUUCUGGAGCGACAGUAUGAUUGUGCUACACUACCUCAGGAACGAGGACAAACGCUACCAGACCUUCGUGGCCAAUCGCAUUUCCAGGAUACUGGAGCUCUCCAAGGCAUCGCAGUGGAGAUAUGUUGACUCCAUGUCUAACCCGGCUGAUGAUGUCUCGAGAGGUUUAACGGCGCAGGAGUUAAUUGGAAGUGAGCGUUGGGUGCAAGGUCCACAAUUCUUACUCAGUGAUCAAUCUCAUUGGCCAAGGCAACCAGAUUUUGAUACCCAUGUGUCACCAGGUGUUCUGGAGGUGAAAAGAGACCCUGUCAUCUAUAGUACCUGCACAUCCAAAGAUGAGCCAGACGCUUUGAGUAAGCUCUAUGGUCAUUUCUCCUCGUGGUAUCGAUUGCGGAAAGCGGUCGCUUGGAUACUUCGUGCAAAGGCAAUUCUCCUUCACCGGAUUGGGAAAGGAAAUUCAGUUUCAGAGCCAUCUCAGCCACUCACGGUAGAUGAAGUAUCUUCUUCAGAGAAAGCCAUAAUACGUCAUGUCCAGCACAUCAGUUUUGAUGAUGUUACUCUGAAGUCACAUUCCUUUCGGAAGUUGUCACCGUAUACGACAAUUGAGGGUUUUGUGCAAGUUGGUGGAAGACUAGGCAAUGCUGAUCUUGCUGAUGAUGUCAAACAUCCCUCGAUUCUACCCAAGCGGCAUCCUGUUGUAACACUAAUCGUGAGGCAUUAUCAUGAAGCUACGGGGCAUUCUGGAACAGAGCGCACACUUGCAGAAAUUCGUCAACGGUUCUGGGUCGUAAAGGGUCGUUCAGCUGUGAAGCAAGUGAUCCACAAGUGCAUUCCAUGCAGAAAGAGAAAAGCACCUACCUUGACUCAGCGUAUGUCCGACUUACCAGCAGAUCGUGUGACAUCUGGGCUUGCGCCAUUCAGCUUGGUAAGGGUUGACAUUUUUGGCCCUUUUAUGGUGAAGCGUGCCAGAAGCCAAGUGAAGCGGUAUGGCUGUUUGUUUACAUGUCUGUCUACACGAGCAGUUCAUCUUGAGAUUUGUCACUCUUUCAUCAACGCAUUGCAGCGUUUCAUAUCUCGCCGUGAUCGUCCUAUUGAAGUGAGGUCUGAUAAUGGUACCAACUUUGCUCCUUUGACACCAAAUCACCUGCUGCUCCUCCGCUCCGGACCCAAGCUGCCUCCAGGACAGUUUGUAGAGCAGGAUGUCCACAGACGAAGAUGGCGCCAAGUUCAAUAUCUUGCCGACGUCUUCUGGAAACGAUGGCUCAGAGAAUAUCUGCCAUCAUUGCAAGAACGGCAGAAAUGGAUCAACCCAAAGCGUAAUGUCAGUGUGGGAGAUCUCGUGUUGAUUAGGAGCGAGAACACUCCUCGAUACCAGUGGCCCAUGGGACUUGUGGUGACGACUUACCCAGGCAGGGAUGGAAAGGUGAGAUCUGUGCAGGUGAAAACACAUACUGGAGUGUAUCUUCGUCCCAUCGACAAACUGUGUCUCUUGGAGGGAGACAUGAUGGUCCAAGAGAACGACACUUCUUGA